AUGAUAUCCUCUGAACUCAGGUAUACCGCCAACACGCAAUUGGAGCAUUUACACGCUCGUUACACAGGAACUGGUCACGCAGACUUGACGAAAUAUGACUGGGUCACACAUCAACACAGAGAUACGCUGUCUUCUAUUGUAGGACACCCGUCCUUGCUUUCAUAUCUAGCUCUUGCAGACGGAGAAGCUAUCGGCCGAACAAAGUUCGAGAUGACAGAGCGAAUGCUGCAGCCCUGCGGGCCCCCUCCCAAGAAAGACGAAGAUUGA